AUGCAUGAAUGGGAGUCGCCGGAUUACGAGCCCUCACUUCCUGUUUCGGAGAAGUCAAACCCGCUGACUCGGGACAUCGACCGGGCCUCACCCAGUCGCAUUGUGAGGAUGUUGCAGAGCUGUGAUGCCGAGAUGUUUCUCAAAGAGACAGGAAGCACUUACCAGAUGCUUUUGUGUGACAAAGUGGUGAAAACCAUGAUGGAGGUGGCUGAACUAGUGGAGCUCAUCCUCAAGGAGCCACUGGACAGCCUUGUUGUCUUGAGUGGCUGUGGGACUUCAGGUCGCCUGGCUUUCCUAGUGGUGUCAGGAUUCAACAAAGCACUGAGAGAGAUGAACCACAGUGAGGUCUACGAAUACAUCAUCGCAGGAGGUGAUAGAGCACUGUUUUCCUCCCAAGAGGCUCCAGAAGAUGACCCCCACCUGGGCAUGCGCUGUCUUAAGAAGGUGUGUGAAGGAAAGAAGAGGGUUUUGUUUAUUGGGAUUUCCUGUGGAUUAUCUGCUCCAUUUGUGGCAGGUCAGUUGGAUUUUUGCCUGCGGCACCCGGAGGUCUUCACUCCUGUUUUGCUUGGUUUUAACCCUGCACAUCAGGCACGGAAUGAAUCCGUACCAGGUUGCACUUUCACUUUCCUCAAUGUGGUCCAAAGAAUGCAAGUGCUUGCCAAUGGUCGAAGGGCCUUUCUCAUCAACCCAUCAGUUGGGCCAGAGGCAAUCAGUGGCUCUUCCAGGAUGAAAGGAGGCAGUGCAACUAAGAUGCUCCUGGAGGUCAUCCUGGGUGCUGCUCAUGGUGCCGCAUUCUCACAUGCAGCCACCACACACCAGGGUCUCUUGCAGCACCUGAGAGCCUAUGAGAAAACAGUGGAGGUCACAUACUCUCAUAGUACAGCCAUAGCUGGCUUGGUGGCCGCAGCUGGGCAGAGUUUGCUCUGUAAGAAACAUGUGUGUUACCUGGGCUGGGGCAGCCUGGCUGUGCUUGGCCUCAUUGAUGCCAGUGAGUGUGAGCCUACCUUUGGAGCUGCCCAUGGGGAUAUUCAAGCUUUCAUAAGUGGAGGACACAGAGCGCUCAACAACAAUGAGGGUUCCAUUGCUUUGAUGGGUCCCCAGUUUUGUAUUUCACAUGAAGAGUUUUUGCUUCAUGUCCUACCCACUCUUGAUGACCAAGAUACUGUGAUUCUCAUCUACACACAUACCGACAAUGUCACCGAAGUGAUGAAUGUAGCCCACCGAGUGAGGGAAAAGAUGUCUAAUCUCUAUGCUAUUUAUCACCGGGCUGAUGGAGAUGGUGCUGGUUUACACGAUGAAAUAAAUCGAUUAUAUAUGUCCACCUUAACAUUUUCAUGGCCAUUACCUACUUCUGGAAGUCUACAGCACAUGUGGGAGCUGUCCACUAAGUUGGUGCUGAACGCUGUGAGCACGGGAGCGCACAUCCUAAAGGGUAAGGUUUACCAGAACCACAUGAUCGACGUGCAAGUCACCAACAGCAAACUCUAUCGCCGAGCUACACAUUUAAUCCAGAAAUUGUCUGGUCAUCCUGAAGCCCAGUGCGAGGAGGCUCUCCUGAAGGCUAUCUACCAGGUGGACCACCUGACUGAGGACAUAACAUCCUGUCACAUGACCACACACACAGCCACUGGCAUUGAAAGGACAAAGGUAGUGCCUCUGACCUUGGUGUCAUUGCUGGCUGGUUGCUCUUUCGAUGAUGCGAGGUCUCAUCUGGAUCAGGAGCCAAUCAUACGAAAGGCUGUGGAGGCAUGUCUGCAGUAA